CACCUUGUCUCUUCACCUACUAUUCGUCAGUCAUUUUACUUGAAAAGAACGUAUAGGAAGCAGGUUCGAAACAAAAGUAGAACUAGGAAAAUUAUAACGAAGGUAGCAGGGCAUUCGAACGCACAGAAACCUCACUACAACCCACCAUGUCGAUCAGACGAGCAUCUCAUGCAGGCAGCUGGUACACGGAUUCAGGCUCGGAGCUUUCCCGUCAAUUGGACCGCUGGCUGGGCGCUGCAGAGUUGUCGCAUGGACCGGCACGGGCCAUUAUUGCCCCACAUGCCGGCUAUACGUACUGUGGUGCUUGUGGUGCCUAUGCAUAUCGGCAAGUUAGUCCUGUAGUGGUAAAACGCAUCUUCAUAUUGGGACCGUCUCAUCAUGUUCGCCUGCGUGGAUGCGCGCUGUCGGUAGCGAAAAAAUAUAAGACCCCUUUGUAUGAUCUCAAAAUUGAUACUCAAGUCAAUGCCGAAUUGGAGAAAACGGGUCAUUUCUCCUGGAUGGAUAUGAAAACGGACGAGGAUGAGCACUCCAUUGAAAUGCAUUUGCCAUAUAUAGCAAAGGUCAUGGAGGACUUUAAGGAUCAAUUUAAAAUCGUCCCAAUACUUGUGGGAUCCCUAAACCCCGAGCAGGAGGCACUCUAUGGUGGAAUACUGGCCACCUAUUUUACGGAUCCCGAAAAUCUUUUUGUGAUAUCAUCCGAUUUCUGCCACUGGGGCCAGCGCUUUAGCUAUACGUAUUACGACCGUUCGUGCGGUCCUAUACAUAAGUCUAUUGAGAAGCUGGAUAAGCAGGGUAUGGACAUAAUUGAAACAUUGAGCCCAUCUGCCUUUACCGAAUAUUUACGGAAAUACAAUAAUACUAUAUGCGGGCGUCAUCCAAUUGGUGUGAUGUUGGGCGCCGUUAAGGUGCUACAAAAUCAAGGCUAUAAUAAUAAAAUGAGCUUUAAAUUUCUUAAGUAUGCGCAGAGUAGUCAGUGCAAGGACAUGGACGAUUCUAGCGUCAGUUAUGCCUCUGGCUCGCUUAUAUUUGAGAUUUGAAAAUCAAAAGUAUUUUCGCAAUAUGUAUUAAAGUUUAAGUAAAAACCAAUUAAUAUGAAUUCAUCAAAUUGCAAUUUUUAUAUUUAUAAUUUUUAGCAUCAAAUUGAAAACAAAUAAAUAGUGUUCAAAGAAAUUAAUGAAUUAAUCAUAAA